GCGAGAUCCGGUGAUCAGCGGCGCAGUGGACGUCGUUUGCGGCAACGAGCAACCGGUCGGGCCGCAGUUCCUUUUCCAGCAUGUGAUUUCAACGUUCGUCCAGGGCGCACCGGCGAUCGACCGAGGGUGGGGAAAACGCUCCGAUCCUCGAAAAUGUGCCCUCUCUAGUCAAACAGUGCACACCGAUGCCACUGGACCGGAGGCUGCGUCCGACAUCGCCGCUUCUCCAGCAACCACCGGCUGUCACGCAACGAGAACUAGAAAACACGAUGGAUUCAAAUGAAUGGUGGUCGUAUCAACCGUCGAUGUUGACCGGUGUCAGCGCGGAUCUGCUUAAUCGAAAUCUAUGGGAGAAGUUCCACGCGUUAAAUACAGAGAUGAUCAUCACGAAGUCCGGCCGGCGCAUGUUCCCGUCAAUUGAAAUUGAUGUAAAAGGUUUGCAAGAGCGGGACAAUUAUUACGUCUUCUUGGAGAUUGCACCGGCCUCCGAUCGCAGACAUAAAUAUUGCGGGUACGAUAACAGUACCAAGACCGGCAAUAUGUGUGGAGGUUGGAGUGCUUCGGGCUCGGCAGAACCACAGCUUCCGUUCUACCGAAGAAUGUACAUGCAUCCCGACAGUCCAUCAAAAGGGAACCACUGGAUGGACAAUCCAAUUAAAUUUACUAAAGUGAAGCUAACGAACAGCAUCAACGAUACUACUAAUGUGGUAUUAACAUCGAUGCACAAGUACAUUCCAAGAAUCUGGAUAAUUCGUUCCGAAGAGAAGUUACUUUCUUACCCUCAACUUUUUUCUUAUCCAUCCGCGGUGUUCAGUUUCGCAGAAACGGAAUUUAUUGCUGUAACAGCGUAUCAGAACCAGAACAUCACGAAGUUGAAGAUCGACAACAAUCCAUUUGCAAAGGGAUUUCGCGAGACAGGUCAGUCGCGAUUCAAGCGCAAAUACUCACUACAUCGGACUGAUCAUCAGGCCCAAUUCGAUUCGGGCCGUGACGAAGGGAUCUGCGUUUCUUCCUCCGACUCCGAAUCGAAUUCGACUCCGACUCCGAAUCAGAUCGCGAACAAACGGGUUAGCGUUGACUCGGACAACUCGACGCGGAAAUCGGCGAGAAAAUGCGCUGUUGAGAAUAAUACGCAUAAUGGCGCACGCGAUAACGCCAGGCCGAUCGCCGUGAAUCCAUUGGUACCUACCGCCUCGAACCCUCUGCUACUUUCCCUGAACCCACUGGAACCGAUUCCUCCGAACCCUCUGGUACCCGCCCCGAGUCCAUUGAUACCGAUCGCCUUAAACCCACUGAUACCGAUCGUCCCGAAUCCUGUAUCACCAGUAACGGGUGAAUUGUCUCUUCAUAGGCCCUGGCUGGACCGGCCGUGUACGGAAGUAACGCCGUCGACAUACGACAAUUCGUAUUAUUCGUAUCACUCGCCGAAUUUCCAGUACGGUUCGCCGUUGUACUCGCAGUAUUUAGCAUUGCAAAACUAUACGAGAUUUUAUGAUCAAUUCCGUGCACCCUAUUAUUGGAGGCAUAUGCCACCUUCGUGGCUGUGAUACAUGCGGACAUGCGCAGUUUUAUUUUUUCUCGCGAUUUUUAUACGCGAUUUUAUACGUUUUAUGAAGAAUAAACGUGCGAUUAAGACUGAAAAUUUUAAGUUACCGCUCAGAACGGUGGAUAAAUAAUAUUAAAGUAAUAUAUAUGUAUAUAUAUGUAUACACACAUAUACUUAUGUGUGUGUGUGUAUAAACAAAUUAUAUUUGCACGUUUUUAUAUGUCUUUGCAUAAUUACUUUUGCGCGUCUUAUUCUUCAUUCAUGUUAUGUCAAGUCAUGUUUAUAUGUAUAUGUAUAAUAUGUAAACGUUCAUGGAUCUUUAAAAUAGCUUCAAUUAAUAUAAAAAUAAAAAUAGCAU